CUUUUUGCUUUUGUUGUGUUUUUUUAUUGUGAAAUUCUAACCAUCCGAGUCGGACGCAAAAAUAGAAUUUAAUAAAAUAUGACAUCUUGGAAUCCAGAUAUUGAUGUCCAGCUUACGGACUCUGAGGACGAGGAAGAUAUUGCCAUGAAACGUGAUUUCCACGGAAGGGAGGCGAUUCUCUUUGUUGUAGACGCCAAUCUUCAGGAACGCAAAGAACGUUUAAUGGAGGCAUUUCAACUUAUAAGCAGUGCCUUUAUCUCGGGCAUGCUAGUCAACGAUAAGGAUUUGAUGGGUCUGGUGUUUGCCAACACACAGCACAGUCCUCCACCGCUUGAGACAGAAUGCCUGGAUAACAUAGUAGUGCCUAUGAAUUGUGCUGUGUUCCUACCGCUUCGGCAGUUGACCAAACCUAUAGUGGAACACUAUUUGCAGUUUAUAGUUUCGGCGGAUGAGCUUUUUGCCACAGACUAUGGCCUGGUGGAAAAUGGUCGUGGAAAUUUCGCUGCAACGAUCCGGCUGUGCAUUGAACUUCUGGAGAAAUGCGGCAAAAAGUUGAACAAUGCCAAAAUUGUCUACAUAACGGAUAAGGACACCCCACAUCCUGUAGCCAGCAACGAAUUUCAGGCAGCUCUGCAGAAAGCCAGCGAUUUGGAGGGUAAAGAGUUUGAGUUCCAUGUGAUACCCAUGAUUGAUGAAUUUGACUAUGAACCGUUCUACAAGGAGUUUAUAACCUUGUCGCGAGCUAUUGACAUUGAUGCCUUUCAAGUGCCAGAUGCGCAACUUCUGCGCGAAAUUCUAGCCGAUCGCAAGCUAAAACAAGAUUUCCUACGCCGCUGCUUGGGUCACUUCACUUUAAAGCUGGGCCCCAAUCUAGCGAUAUCCGCGCAGUAUUAUAAUUAUUUCCAGCGUCGCGCCUAUCCCAACAAAGUGCACAUUCUGCGCGAAGACAACAGUGUGGUUCGCAAGAAACGUGUCAUAAUGGUACGCGAACAGGAUGAAGAAACGCAAGAUAUCAAGCAUGAGUUUCAGAUAAAGUCAACUGAUGGUUGGUAUGAAUGCAAAAUGGGCGAGGAGAACCUGCGCAUCACCAAUACACAACUGAAUAUUGUACGCGAUUUCCAUCGACCUGAGAUGAUGCUGCUUGGCUUCAAGCAUCGGUCGUCUCUGCCUGAGGUGAUCUAUAGCAAACCAGCUAAUUUCAUGUAUCCCGAUGAUCAGAAUAUUAUUGGAUCCAAGAAGUUGUUUCGUGCUCUGUGGCAACGUUGUCUUGAGCGUGAGAAGAUUGCUGUCUGCUUGUUCUUGGCCAAACGCAAAUCGGUACCGCGUUAUGUGGCUCUAGUUCCAGUGGAGGCGGAGCAGUCAAAGGACAACAACUAUAGAUCGCUGCUCUCUGGAGAUGGUUUUAAGAUUGUCUAUUUGCCGGAAGCUAAGCAUAUUCGUAAUAUCGACCUGUGCGAUUGGAACAGCACUGCCAAUACGGCCAGCGAUGAGGAAGUCGAUCUCUUUCAGAAGAUCAUUAAAAAGCUUCGUAUAGACUAUCAACCAAAUAUGAUUAAUGAUCCAAAUCUCGAAUUACUGCAAUCCAAUCUGCUUGCCCUAUCGCUAGACAUUAAGACUGACGAUCGUGGACUUGCUCGUGUGCAAGAUCCCGUUGUACAGGAUGAACGCAUUGCUAAAUUCCUGCCGGAGUAUGAAGAAUUAUUUGGCAACGAAAUUGAACCCGCCAAGAAAAGAUCUGCACCGAGAUCCGAAGCUUCUGUUGGUGCAAGCAGAGCGCCCAAAGUAGCCAAGAUCGAUGGAGAACAAUUGGGAAGCAACGAAUAUGUGAAUCAGCUUAUAGCCGAUGGACGGUUAACAAACUGCACUGUGGCCCAGUUGUGUCAGAUUUUAAAAACGCAUUUCGACGUAGAGCCGCCCAAAUCUAUGACCAAAGCCAAAUUGGUGGACCGCAUUAAGACACUGAGUUCUUAACUAAUGUUAUUGACCUAGAAGGUUUUCCAGUUUAUUUUUUAGUAUUAUUAUAUAUAUUUGAUUAAGAUAUUGUAUAUACUGCCAGAAGCAGUCUAAAAAUUUUGAAAUUAAUAUAUAUCGAUGUAAUAUAUCGCAACUUGUGAGUAAAUA